AUCAAACGCUUUUUAGGUCGCUUCUGCGCUGAAACAUCAGAAACGAAACGUUAUCAAACGGGCCGUCUCAUACGAUGUUGAAACUCAAUCCGUCCCUUCGAGAUGGAGAAGAAGAGCAGGAUCAAACGAAACGAAGAAUUUGAGAGUUCUUCAAAGUGAAAACGAAUUUCUGCAACUUUCUAUAGUCAAUGACGACGAUUCAAAAGCAAAGGACGAAAUUAUUGAGUAAUCUAUUGAUCGACUCUCCUUCUCAAUCUAAUGAAGCAGUUGCAGACAAGAUAUCCAAAACCCUACUCAGCUCUGGUUCCAAGUCUGUCCGAGUCAAAUCCUUUAUCUCCAAUCUCAAUUCCGACGCAGCGCACCUUGUUCUCUCAAAUCCAGCUCUCAAUACCAAGACUUGCUUGGAUUUCUUUAAUUUAAUCAACGGAAUCCAAUCUCUCGCUCCAUACAGACAUGAUCUUCGAGCCCAUUUAACCUUGGUUUGCCGGCUAUUUAAGGAUAAUAGGUUCGCAGUGGCCAAGAAUAUCCUCAGAUCCGCAGUCCUGAAUCAAGACCUCAAUUGUCGAGUUUCAGUCGUAGCGUCUUUGGUAGAUAGUUGCUGUAAUGAGUCCUUUAUGCGUGGAAAGUUACUCGAUAUGCUAUUUAGGAUUUUUGCGGAAAGUAACAAAUGCGAAGAAGCCCUGGAGACCUUCGACUACAUGAAAAGCAAUGGUUUUGAUAUCGAUGAGAGGUCUUGCACAUUUUAUCUACUCGCCCUCAAGAGGUCUGGUCAGGUGGAGUCGGCUUUAGGGUUCCUUCUACGGAUGCUCAAAUCGGGUGUUAAAAUCUCUGUUUAUUCGUUAACGAUAGUGGUUGAUGCCUUGUGUAAACAAGGAGAGAUUACUCGAGCUAUGGAGUUGAUGAGUGAAAUGGGUAAGAAAGGAGUCAAAUCUAAUAUCGUCACUUAUAAUUCUCUGAUAGAUGCCUAUGUCAAGAGAGGGGAUUUUCAGCAAGUAAAUGAGAUCUUGAACUUUAUGGUCCGGGAAGGUGUAGUAGCCAACGUUAGGACCUACACUUCCUUAAUUGAUGGGUUCUCAAGCUCUGGCAAGAUCCAUGAAGCCGAAAGAGUGUUUGAGGAGAUGAACUCAACAGGUGUUGAAGCAGAUAUCUAUGUGUAUAGUUCACUCAUCAAUGGACAUUGUAGACUAGGGAACAUGAAGAGGGCGUUUGCACUGUUCGAUGAAUUGACUGAUAGGGGCCUCAGUCCAAGUGCACACACUUAUGGGUCUUUGAUCUCUGGCCUUUGCAAGGUCGGGCAGAUGAUUGCUGCAAAGAAGUUGAUAACUGAAAUGCAAAGCAAAGGAAUUGACUUAAAUGAGGUCAUAUUCAACACAUUAAUGGAUGGGUAUUGCAAGCAAAGAAUGAUAGAUGAAGCCUUAACAUUGCAGGUUGUGAUGGAGAAGAAAGGUCUUGAGCUGGAUGUAUUCACAUAUAACACCAUAGCCAGUGGUUUGUGCAAGUCAAAUCGAUAUAACGAGGCAAAGACACUUUUGCUCACUAUGGCUGAUAGAGGUGUGAGUCCGAACACUGAAUGCCUCACUACACUGAUUGACAUAUAUUGCAAGGAAGGAGAUAUGGUGGAAGCAAGGAGGGUUUUUCGUGAGAUGGAAAAGAUGGGAGUGAAGUAUAGUACUGUGACAUAUAAUGCCUUAAUAGAUGGUUACAGCAAGAAAGAGAAUAUGAAGGAUGCUAAUAAACUUAGAGAUGAAAUGGAGGACAGAGGGUUUAAGCCAGAUGUGUACACCUACACGUCACUUAUUCAUGGCCACAGUGUGGUGGGAAAGGUUGAAGAAGCACUAAAACUCUUUAAUGAAAUGCCCGAGAGGGGUUUAGUGCGCAAUAUGGUCACAUAUUCUGCAAUGAUUUCGGGAUUGUCCAAGGCAGGGAGAUCUAAUGAGGCAUUUAGAUUGUAUGAUGAGAUGAUUGAGGCAGGAAUUAAACCUGAUGAUUCUGUCUACUCUUCACUGGUGGGUAGCCUUCAUACAGAAACAUCUUCAUAGUGUGUUGUCACUGCUCUUACAGAUUGAGUGUUCACACCUAACCAUAUGAAUGAUGGAAAGACCACAGCUUGGAUCUAACAGUAUGGUUAAUGGCUGCAGAUAAGUUCCAGAAAUCAUUGUCUGUAUUUUAUUUCUUAUCAUUAUUGUGAUUCAUGUGCCCAAGAGGUGGGAUAUCAAACAAAUGAUCAAUAAGUGAAGUAAAUGUCUUUUAUUGUCAAUCAAAUCCACUGUAUUUACUAUCUUGAUGAUCCGUUGAAAGAAUUGAGGGCAGCUGUAAGGGCUGUUAAGGAAUUCCCAUAUUGUGAAUGAGUUGAAAAUCUUUCAAAUUAUUAGAGAAA